AUGGCGACACCGCGAAACGCAACGCCGCCGCGAAUGAUUGGGAGUGGGAUGGAUCGCGUGAGCGGCGCGUACGUGGGGAGUGUACGCGACGUGGUGCGAUGCGGGAGCCGGGAGGUAGAUGAUGACAAGCGGAAGCGGGCCGCGACAAGAUCCACGAUCCUAGGAGGCGCCGCGGCGCGAGGUGCAGCCGCCGAGAUAAAGGGGUGGGGUUACCGAUUUCUGCAAAAGUUAGGGCCAAUUUUGCGCCGAACUGAGCUGAUUGUGCCCCGGUCGAAGGAUGCACUUUAG